GCCCAGGGGACUGGAGGGACGCACUGAGCAUGUGCAGAGUAGCUCGGCGGCGGCUGCCUGUGCCGGAGGCUGGGGCCCGGUGCUAAUGCGUACGGCUCACUCGGCCUCGGUCCCAGCUCUGUGGGCCCUCGGGGCCGGGGCGGCAGCAAAGCAGCGGUAGCCUCCCUGCGGCAGGAGCAGAGGGCGCAGCGGCGCGCACCACCCGGCGGCCGCGGCGCCCCUCGGGGCCCAAGAUGAUGGCGGAGCAGGUGAAAUGCGCCUCGCCGGGGGGCGGCUCCGGCGCGGGCUCCGGGCCGGUGGUGAACGCGGAGCUGGAGGUGAAGAAGCUGCAGGAGCUGGUGCGCAAGCUGGAGAAGCAGAACGAACAGCUGCGGAGUCGUGCGGCCAGCGCGGCCGCCGCCCCGCACCUGCUGCUGCUGCCGACGCCGCCACCCGCCGCGUCGCCGCCCGCCGGGGCCUGCAGCCCGUUGGGUCCGCGGAGCCCCCCGGCCGUAGCGGCAGCCGCCGCGGCCUCGGGAAGCUUGGGGCUCGGGCUGGCGCUGGGGGCCGGGGGCGCCGGCAGCGGCAGCGGCGGCUCCAGCCCCGCGUUCCCCGGGACCUACUGCUUGCCCAGCCCGGCGCCCUCCCUGCUCUGCAGCUUGGCGCAGCCCCCCGAGGCGCCCUUCGUCUACUUUAAGCCUGCCACGGGCUUCUUCGGCGCGGGCAGCGGCGGGCCGGAACCAGGGGGCGCCGGGACGCCUCCGGGGGAAGCCGCCGCACUUCCCUCGCCUCCCCCCACGCUGCUGGACGAGGUGGAGCCGUUGGACCUGGAGAGCGUGGCUGCCUGGCGGGACGAGGACGACACCACCUGGUUGUACGUUGGCUCUUCCAAGACGUUCACCUCAUCAGAGAAAUCCCUGAAUCCUUUGCAGUGGUGUAGACACGUCCUAGAUAACCCGACUCCUGAGAUGGAAGCAGCGAGGCGUUCCCUGUGCUUUAGACUGGAGCAAGCAAGCCGAUGGCGGAGUCUCUUCUCCUCAACUGCCUCACUGCCCUUUCCUUAUAGUCCUGUUGCAAGACUCAGCCCUUAUAGCAAUGGCAUUAAUACUCCCAGCUUCUCUAAAACCUCCAAUAAGGCAAUACUAACACCCGAGAGAACAGGUUAUACUUCCAGAGGCUCCCCUCUCAGUCCUCAGUCAUCCAUUGAUAGUGAGCUGAGUACUUCGGAACUGGAGGAUGAUUCGAUUUCCAUGGGUUAUAAAUUACAGGACCUCACUGAUGUUCAAAUCAUGGCUCGUCUGCAAGAAGAAAGUCUCAGGCAAGAUUAUGCUUCUACUUCAGCAUCUGUGUCAAGACAUAGUUCCAGUGUGUCACUGAGUUCAGGAAAAAAGGGGACAAGUAGUGAUCAAGAAUAUGACCGAUACAGUCUGGAGGAUGAAGAAGAAUUUGACCAUUUGCCACCACCUCAGCCUCGUCUUCCGAGAUGUUCACCUUUCCAAAGAGGAAUUCCUCACUCACAGACUUUCUCCAGCAUUCGGGAGUGUAGGAGGAGCCCCAGUUCCCAGUAUUUUCCUUCAAAUAAUUACCAGCAGCAACAGUAUUAUUCACCUCAAGCCCAAACUCCAGAUCAGCAACCAAAUAGGACCAAUGGAGAUAAGCUCCGGAGAAGUAUGCCUAAUCUAGCCCGGAUGCCAAGUACAACGGCUGUCAGUAGCAAUGUGAGCUCUCCAGUCACUGUGCGAAACAGUCAGAGUUUUGACUCAAGCCUACACGGAGCUGGAAACGGACUUUCAAGAAUACAGUCUUGUAGGUCUAGUUUGAGGAACUAAGAAGGAUAAGACAUCAGUUUGAAAACAGCCUUUAUGAGAGCAACAUGAAUACUGCUAAAAGUCAAGGAAGAACAAACAUCAACUUUAUGGUGAAGCUUGGGUGGAAGAAUGGAAUCACUGAUGCUUUAGGAAGUGUUGGUGAGGACAAGGCCCAGAGCAGCAGUUUACAAAUCACUUCUUUGAAGAAGGGAUGGCAUGGAAGAUGGCUCAACACAGGUGCCCAGCAUCCUCUCCUCUUCCACAGAGAUGAACCAAAGCAACAAAUAAGUAGCUUCGUUUCAAGGUGAGUGCUUGAAGAAGAGCACCUGAACUCAGUAAGAGACCAGCAGGACAUAGUAGGACCCAGAGAGCUGAGAUGGCAGCAUGGACAGAGGAACAAAGCCAACCGACGACUAAGACCCUGGCCCAGUGGCUGGGAAUUCCCUAUUGCAGGGACAAGGGUAAAGGGCAGAGCCUCAGUGGAGCACAUCAGUAUGAACACCUUGAGUGGGCCCUCCUAGCCAAGGGAGGAAGCCACGAUCACCAUAGUGUAAACGCCCAGUAGGAAGAGCUGUGUGGGGAUCUCACACUUUCAUUCAGAGAAGAAUUGCUAUUGUCUUCCAGUGUGUACCAGCCUGAGAGAGGAGUCACUGCCCUGGGAGGAAGAUGCCCUUGAAUAUCCCUGUCCUUGACAUUCUACCACACUAAUGGAAAAAAAAGACUGCAGUCUCAUGUAUCCAGAUGGAACCAGCAGAGCACUGGUGACCCUAGCACACUAGCCCAUACAGUGCUCUGCACUACAGGGGACAUGGGAUGCAGAACAGCAGGGGUCCUGCCCUUAAAACCCUAGAAGUAGGGGUGCCUGCCUGCCCUCUCAGACAUGGGGCCCCUAUACCCCUCAUUACUUUUCACUCUGCCACCUGAGUCAUUACUCUGUGCCAUUGGGAACUUUGCUCAUCAGUAUUGCAUGUCAGGGUUCCUGUGACCCUAGCCUGAUCUGCAUACUGCUGCUCAGAACUGCAUUUUACCUCUUCCUGCUUGCAGCACCACUGCCACCCUUCUGGCUUUGGUCUUCACAUGGACAGUAGUUCAGGAUAUGCACGCCCUUAGGCUAGUGUGCCCUACCUAAGGUGUCAGCGUAACUCCCAUAGCUCUGACCCUUAAGCCAGUAGAGCAGGCACCAGCAGUGCCUGUCUGAAUGCUCCUGAGCCUCUGGCUUCUCCCUUGGGCAGUAGCGAGGGGGCCUGUGAACCCAGCCAACUACCAGUGCCAAUUCUGCUCUGUCAGCUCUAGCUCCUGAGCUGGUAUCUACAUGCCUGGCCUACUUGCGGUGCUACCAGGGCCUGCUCCCAGCACCAGGGCAACACCUGUGAUGCCACUCUGUCCCUCAGCAGGUAGGUGGGGGACCUUAUGUUAGGGAUCCAAACAAAUGUGGGCCCUAGAAGAGCCCCAAAUCCCUAGAUUCCUACCUACCUCCACCAUUGAAUACAGUGAAGGAAGAUAUAGGGAGACUGCACUGUGGCAUGCAAGUGGAACUAGAUCCAAAACAGCCUUGCCAAUUAACACCCAAAGGCACACAUUCAGGGACAGGCAUUUGGUUCAUGAAACCAACCUUUUAAAAGCAAUAGAAACAAUAAAUCUGCCAGAUGCACAAACAUCAAUGUAGGGACUUGAGAAAUAUGAAAAAGCAAGGCAAUAUAACUCCCUUAAAGGAACACAGCAACAUUUUAAUAUCAGACUACAAAGACUGGAUGAAAUGCCUAAGAAACCAAAUGAGUGAUUAUAAUCAGAGCUACAUGACAAUACAAACAGAUGAAUGAGAUUUUGAAAUUAAUGCAUAAUGUGAAUAAGAAAUUCAGCAAAGAGGGAUCUUAAUGAAUCAAACAAAUUUUAGACAUGAAGAACUCAUUAGGUCAAAUGAAAAGUUGAGUUCAAAAUCUUAAGAGGGAAAGCCUAGAGGCUUAGAAAAACCUAUUCAGUGAAAUAAUAGUUGAAAAUUUCCCCAAUCUGAAGAAAUGAGUGGACCUCUAAGUUUAGAGGGUCCCAUAGGCUGCCCAAUAGACAUGAUAGGAAAAGAAUCUCACAUGGACUGUUCAAAUUCCCAAAAGUACAACACAGGAAUUCUGAAAUUUGCAAGAGGAAAGAGUGAGAUCACUUUGAAGAGAAACUCUGCUGGGGCUGGCUUUGUGACCUAACAUGUUGCUUCCCAUGCCAACAUCCCGAUUGGGUGCCUGUUCAUGUCCUGGCUGCCAUUAUUCUGAGCCAGCUCCCUGCUAACGUGCCUGGAUAAACUGCAAAAGAUGGCCCAAGUGCUUAUGCCACUGCACCCUCGUGGGAGAUCAAAUGAAGCUCCUGGCUUCAGCCUGGCCCAGCCCCGGCCAUUGCAGCCAUCUGGGGAGUGAACUAGCAGAUGGAAGAUCUCUUUCCCUCCCUCCUGUUAUGUAACCGACUGUCAAAUAAGUCUUAAAUAACAAAAACCCUCCAUUAGUGUUAAUUUUUGAACAGAAGCAUUACAGGCCAAGAGGGGAUGGGAUGAUGCACUCCUGGUUCUGAAAGAAAAAAACUACUGACCCAGACUUUAUUCAGAACAGCUAUCUUUCCUAAAUGAAGAAAUACUUUCUAAAAUGAGCAGAAACUAGAAGAACUUAUAGCCACAAAAACUAGCCUUAUAAAAGAUGCUUAAGGGUGUUCUACAUACAGAAACAAACAGAACUUUCAACAUGAAAAUAUUUACAAGUUUGAAACCUGUUAGAAAGGUAACAAAAGGUGUUCUGGAUAAACAAAAAUUGAAAAGACCAUACUGAGCCAUUAUUUAUCAAUAACUUUGAAAGUAAAUAGACUAAAUUCACCAACUAUAAAAGUAUAAAUGGAUUAAAAAAAAGACCCAAUGAUGUCCUUCCUACAAGAAGGUGGCUUCACAAGCAAAGACACACAGACUCAAAGUCAAAGGAUGGAAAAUAAUAUUCCAUGCAGGGGAAACAAAGUGGGAGUUGCUAUACUUGUAUGAAAUAGACUUUAAGGCAAAACUUGGACAAAGAGAAAAAGUUGCUGUAUCAUGGUCAGGGUAUCAGUUCAACAAAUACGUAUGAUUGUAAAUGUAUAUGCAUCUGAUGCCAGAGAGCCCAAUUUUAUAAAGCAAAGUUUUAACUCUAAAGUGGUAACAAUGAGGAGCCUUCACUCCACCUUCAUCAACAGAAAGAUGCAGAGUAAAAAAAAAAAAAAAAAAAAUUAGAGUUAACCUACACUAAACAAAAUGGACCUGGCUUUUCCAGAACAUUCCAUCCAAUAUCAUAUACAUUCUCUUCAUCCACACAUGGAACAAUUUUGAGGACAGAGCACACACUAGGUCACAAAAAAGUCUCAACAAAUAAAAGCUAAAAUUAUGUAGCUUUCACAAUGCCAUUGUAAUAAAACAGGAAAUUAAUAGUGAAAAACUAGAAAUUAUGCAAAUAAAUGGAGACUGAACUACAUGCUCCUGAAUGAAUGGGUCAUUGAAGAAAUUAAAAGUUUUAAAAUUCCUUAAGACAAAUGGAAACACAACAAAUCAAAACUCAGGCGAUGGAACAAAAGUUCUAAGAGGGAAGUUUAUAGUGAUAAAUGCCUACGUUAAAAAAAAACACAAACCCAACAGUAUACUUUAAGCUCUUAAACAAGACCAAAACUGAAAAUGGGAGUGGGGGGAGGAGAAAUAAUAUCAGUGUAGAAUCAAAUGAAUUAGAAACUAAUUAGUUAGAAUUUUGAAAAAAAUCAAGCUUUAGCUAGACCAACUAAGAAAAGGCAAAUUACAGAUGAAAAGGGGGAUAUUACAAAGGAACCUUGGAUAUAUAAAACAUUAUUAAGGACUUAGGAAUUAUAUACCAAGGAGUUGAAAAAUCUAGAAGAUAAUUCUUUGCUACAUAUAGCUUACCAAAAUUGAACUAAAUGUAUAGAAACCUAAACCAAGAAUUUUAUUAAAUCUAUAAUAAAAAUCUAACAAAAGCUCACAGCCACCUGAGUUUACCACUGCAUUUAACCUACAUUUACAGAAGAAUGAGUUCCAGUUGUUAUACUAUUCCAAAAAAAACUGAAAAAAUUAGAACCCUAAAAAACUCAUUCCUUGAAACCAGCAUUUUGUUGCUUCCCUAACCUUUGAUGAACAUAGUUAAAAAAAGUUCAGAGCAGAAUAGUAGCAAAUAAAAUUCAACAACACAUUGUUCACCCUGGCCAAGUGAUAUUUUUCCUGGAGAUGCAGGAAUGGUGGUAAAGCAUAUACAAAUCAGUAAACAGAAUACAUGAAUAGAAUGAAGAAUAAAAACAUUUCAUUAGAUGCAGAAAAAUGAUUAGAUAAAACAGUAUUGAUUUAUGAUAAAAACCUUAAACAAAUUGUGUGUAGAAGUGACAUCCCUUAACAUAAUAAAGGCUGUAUAUGACAGAUCCACAACCAACAUCUUAUUGAAUGGGAAGAAGCUGAAAACAUUUCCUUUAAGAUGUAGAACCAGACAAGGGUGUGCACUCUGAUUGCUCUUAUUAUGAUGCUAAAGUUUUAGAGCCAUUGGACCAGAGAUAGAAAUAAAAGGAAUAUGAAUUGGAAAUAUUUUUUUCCUUUUUUUAGAUGACAAUGUAUUAUAUAUACAUAUAGAAAUUGAAAGAUUCUACCAAAAGACUAUUAGGGCGGAUGUAUAAUUGAGUAAAGUUACAGGAUAUAAAAUCAACAUGCAAAAACCAGCAUUUUUAUAUAGCAGUAAUGAACUUGCUGAAAAGCAUCUGGAAGAGGAGUCCUAUUCACGAUAGCUACAAACGCUACCAUGGAAUAAAUAUAAGUGAGAGUAUGAAAAACGUGUACAGUGAAAAUUACCAAACAGUAGUGAAAGAAAUUGAAUACAAACAAUGGAAAGGCUUUCCAAUUUCAUAUCUUGGUAUAAUAAAAUAUCCAUACUACCCAACAUAAUUUACAGGUUUGCAUACAAACAAAAUAGACCAGUGGAACCCAGUAUCUCAGAAAUGAAUCCAUUCAUCAGAACCAAAAGGCAUUGACAAAACUGGAUAUCCAUGGUCAGAAGACUGAAUUGAGGCCUCCUCACUAACUUCCCCCAACUUCGCAUUAAAAAGUCACAUCCAGAUGGAUCCAAGAUCUAGCCAUAAUACCUGAAACCAUGCAAUGGAAGAAAAUAGAAGCUUUAAGCACAUUGGCAUAGACAAUGCCUUUUUGGAUAAGAAUCCCAGAUAACAAAUGCAAAAUAGGAUUGCAUCAAACUGAGAUGCUUCUGCACAGCAAAGGAAACAGCAAGAGAAGACAGCUGAAAAAAAUGACAGAAAAUAUUUGCAAACUAUUCAUCUGAUAAAGCAUUAAUGUCCAGAAUAUACAAGGAAUUAAACAGUCCAGCUAAGAAGUAGAAUAGGAUCUGAAUAGACAUUUUUCAAAAGAAAAAAAUUGCCAACCAAUGAGUGAAUAAAAAGUACUCAGCAUUUCUGUCCAUGAAGGGAAUGUCUGUCAAAACCACAGUGAAGAAUCUCAUUCCCAUUAGAGUGGCCAAGUAUAGAAAACGCCAAAAAUAGUAAAUACUUACAAGGGCAUGGACAAAAGAAUACCAUGAUGUCCUGUUGUUGGGAAGGCAAAUUCGUAUAGCUGUUAUGGAGAACAGUAUGAAUGUUGCUCAAAAAAACAGCGCUACCUUGUGACCCAACUAUCCCAUUUCUGGAUAUCUAUCCAAAAGAUCUGUAAUUGGCUUAUGAAAAAGUAGCUGCACUCCCAUGUUUAUUGCAGCACUAUUCCCAAUAGUUAAACCACAAUAUUAAAUCAAUCUUGAUGUAUGUUUAUGGAUGCAUGGAUAAAGAAAAUGUGGUACAUAGAGUAUUUUUGAGCCAUACAAAUGGAAUCCUGACAUUUGGAACGAAAUGGAUUGAACUGGAGAUUGUAAUUUUAAGUGAAGAAAUAUACCAGACACAGAUAAAUAUUGCAUGUCGUCUCACAUGUGGGUGUUAGAACAUACAAAUCUGUGUAUACAUGUACAUUUUCCAUUAAAGAAUAGUAAUUCCUAGAGGCUGAGAAGGGUGAGGUAGCUUGAAUAAUGGGUACCAAAAUAUCCUGAUGAAAGUGGGUUCUGCUGUUCUGCAGAAGAGUGGGUUCAUGAUGAUAAAUUCUGUAUAAAGUAGAAGAGAAGAAUUAGCUCCAAAUAUAAAGAAAAUGAAAUGGAAAUCCUAAUUGCUUGGUGUGAUGGGUUUGUGCUUUGUAUAUAUGUUGAGAUAUUGUACUGUAUGUUGCAAAAAAUACACGGAUUACAUGUUAGUCCAAAAUUUAAAACAGAGGUGAUACAGUGUUGAAGAUUAAGCCCAUAGUGACAGACAUCUAUAUUUAUGAGGAAGAAGUAUAUCUUGCUCAUGCCUUAAUUGAAUAUAAUAAACAAUUAACAGCAGAAACAGUAGUGAACACCAGAGACAUCUUAACUGGUUCAGAGGACAUAAUUUUCACUGAAAAAUUAGUAUGCUAUGUUCUGCAGAGUGCCAAAAUUGUUCUCUUAUCAGCUGGAGAUGAGCAGAGUUUUCAAUGAAAAUCUUAAACACACGGAGUCAUGAUCCUGAAGUGUUUUUUCCAACAGUUAUAACAGGAGAUGAAAUGUGGCUUCAUCAGUACAAUUUUUAAGACAAAGUACAAAUAAAACAAUGGCUUCCAAGAGAAAAAUCCUGCCAAAGCGGAUUCAUUAAGAUCCAAGGCCAUGGCAACAGAUUUUGAGAUGCUUAAGGUGUAUUGCUUGUUGACUUCUUGGAGGACCAAUGAAUGAUAACCCUGCAUAUUCUGAGAGCAUUUUGGGAAAGCUAGCCAGAGCUUAGCAGGAAAAUGACAAGGAAAGCUCCUUCAGAGGUCUUUCCACCAUGACACUAUUACUGUGGGGAACAGGGUCCGUCUCCCGCAACAUGGCGUGGUGUCCGGGAGACAAAUAAGUACUGAGACUGUGGACUGAAACUAACUCUAUGCGUCUGAUCUCCCACCAUAUGGCGCUGAGAGGGAGUAAACAAAUCUUACACAGCUGCUUCCUCAAUUAGCUGAUUCCUGAUCCAACCUCUGGAAGAAAGCGGCGUGCUAAGCACGCGGGCAGUGGAGCACGGAUUGGUGGGAGAGGACUAUAAAAGGGGGAGAGAGACAACAUGCAGGGCCCCCUGAGAGAGUCGGUUGGAGAGCUCGUUGGUGCCGCUCCUCCACGGAGGCGGGGGAGCAGCAGCAAAUCCGGGAAGGACCUGGGAAAGAAAACAGGUCCGGUGUCGUUCUCCUGCAAGCCCGAGGAGGAGCGACAUAUUACAGCUCAUUUUUCAUCUUAGAUGGGCAGUUUUGCAUGAAUUUUGAUGGGAAGUCAUUAGGUAUCUACUUUAUCAUCCGGAUUUGGCUCCUUCUGCCUUUUGUUUUUCUUAAAAAUAAAUCUUUAAAGUGCACCUGUAUUUCUUCAGUUAAUGUCAAAAUGAUUGCAUUGACAUGGUUAAAUUCCCAGGAUCCUUGGUUGUUUAGGGAUAGAUUUCAUGUUGGGAAAUUUUAAAAAUUUUAAGGUGAACAAGCUUUAUGUAUUUCAUGUAUGCAGACUUAGGAGCCUGUUAAUACUUCCCAUCCUACCCUCUCUCCUGCUCAUACUGCCACCCUCCGUCUUCCUUCCUUUCCAAUUCCUUUAAUUUUUACAAUGAUCUAUUCUCAGUCUAUUUUAUACUCAUAAGAUUAUAGAAUGUUUCUUCUAUACCCAACUUGCUUAGAGUUUUCAUGAAAGGGUGGUGUAUUUUGUCAAUUGCUUUCUCUGCAUCUAUUAAGAUAAUCAUAUGGUUUUUGUUCUUCAAUUUGUUAAUGUGAUAUAUCACAUUGAUUGAUUUGCACAUGUUGAACCAUCCCUGUAUCCCAGAGAUAAAUCCCAGUUGGUCUGGGUGAAUGAUCUUUCUGAUGUCUUUGUUGGAUUCGAUUGACUGGAUUUUUGUCGAGAAUUUUUGCUUCUAGGUUCAUCAGGGAAAUUGGUCUGUAGUUCUCUUUCUCAGUUGUAACUUUUUUCAGGUUUGGGAAUUAAUGUGAUACUGGAUUCAUAGAAAGAAUUUAGGAGGAUUCCCUCCCCUUCAAUUGUCUUGAGUAGCUUGAGAAGAAUUGGGGUUAAUUCUUUAAAUGUCUGGUAGAAUUCAGCAGUGAAGCCAUCCGGUUCUGGGCUUUUCUUUGUUGGGAGGGUCUUUAUUACUGACUGAAUUUCUGUCUUGGUUAUGGGUCUGCUUAGGUUUUCUCUAUUCUCAUGGCUCAAUUUAAGUAGGUUGUCUGUGUCCAGGAAUCUAUCCAUUUCUGCUAGGUUUCCCAGUUUUUUGGCAUACAGCUCUUUGUAGUAAUUUCUGAUGAUUUUAGUAUUUCUAUGGUGUGUUACAUUACCUUUUUUAUCUCUAAUUUUAUUAAUUUGUGUCUUAUCUCUCCUUUUUUUUGGUUACUUGGGUCAA